AUGGUUGAAAGUGAUGAAAAAGAAAAACAGCAACAAGAAUUAAGAGCAUUUGAAAGCUAUUUUCCUCUUUAUAGUAAAAAUCAUGGAAUAUUAAAAGAAAUAAAAGAAGACUUAGCAAAGAUAAAGGAAAUCAUUGAUAGUGAAAAGCAAUAUGAAGAAUCUAGUUCCGCUUUAAGAAAGCACAUCUAUAAUGAAAGGAAUACUUAUUAUAAUAAUCCGGCUCAACAAACGGGAAUAAUUUGCUUUAACAAAACUUCUAUUUCUCACCAAACCCAAUCUACUAACCAAAUAAAUUACUCUGAAUGGGCUUGUUCUCAUUAUGAUGCUGCCAAUAAUCAAAAACUAAAAGCAGAGUGUCGUAAUGAAAACAUUUUAAGAAUCAACGAAGGAGCUUACUUAUUACCGGUUGAACCAGUAAUGAUUAAUCAAGCCGGUAAAAAGAUUUGUAUUGUUUGUUAUCAAUAUACCAAAGAAUAUAUGGAUGAUUAUCAAGAAAGGAGUGCUCAACAUUUAGCUAGUAUGAUGCCUCCUAAUUAUGCUUUACCAACUAACUUACAAGUUAAGUAUCAGCAAUUGAAAAAUAAAGUUUUUAAUAAUACCGACCAAGCCGGACCAGUAGUUACUGAAAUUGAACAUUUGCCAAGUUCUGGCUUGCAGAAAACUAAUAGUCAAAAUCAAAGGUCAAAUAAUUCAUAUUUGCCACUCUAUAUCAUUGGCGUAUUAAGUGAUGAAGUAGUUGAGGAAAUCAGAGCAGAAAAGGAUAAAUGGCAUAGUUUAGAUUAUAAUGAUCUGACUGAUUUGAACCAAAAGAAUAAAGAGUUAAUUGAAAAGAGAAGGUUCAAGAAUGAAUUGCCAUUGGCUUUAAACCAAAAGAUCACGACAGAAGACCAAGGGCAAUCACCCAGCCAAGAAUUAGUAAAAGCUGGAUUAUCCCUUCAAACUUACCUAGAUGGAAAGUACCCUACUCCCCAAGAUAAAGAACAAGUAAAAGCAAUAGAAAUUGGUCGAGAAACAGCAAUCACCCAGCAAAACAAUACCACUAAUAAACUUUCAUCAGAAGAAACCAAACAAUUAGAAGGCAAAGACUUAGAUUUAUCUUCCUAUUCCAAUUUAGAAAAAGUAACAGUUAAUGGAACUUACUUAAAAACCAAACUAACCACUCUAAACUUAAGCAAUUGUGCUAAAUUAAUUAAUCUUGCUUGCUCUGGUAAUCAACUAACCAACCUUAAUCUAACUAAUUGUAUUAAUUUAAAGAUACUUUCUUGCUCAGAUAACAAUCUCCCUGAUUUAACUAUAUUUAAGGAUUUGGUUGGUUUAGAAGAAUUGGGAAUUCAUAGUAACCCUUUUAUAGGUAGUUUAAAGCCUUUGGAAAAUUUAAGUAAAUUAAAAGAAUUAAAUAUUGAUGAUACCGAUAUAGAUAGGGGUUUAGAAUAUUUACCGGAUAGUUUGGAAAAUUUUUCUUGUUCAGCAGAGGAAGAGGAAAGAAAAGAGGCUAAAGUAAAAGCUAUCUAUAGUUGCUUUGCUGAUGAACAAGGGGAAGUAGAAAAAGAAUGA